ACCCUUGGAAGCAACAAUUAAGCAGCUCUGGGAUAAAACACAGCGCCGGCGGCAGCGCAGGGGCAUUGCUUCAAGAGAUGGCAAGGCAGGCAGCUGCACCCCUCCUCCCCGGAGUCGUCCUCCUCUUCUCCAUCCUCCCGGCUUCACAGCAAGGAGGAGUCCCUGGUGCUAUACCAGGAGGGGGAGUCCCAGGAGCAGGCUUUUUCCCAGGUGCUGGAGUUGGAGGUUUAGGAGCAGGACUCGGGGCUGCAGGAAAACCUCUCAAACCAGGGGUUGGAGCUCUCGGGGGACUUGGCCCACUUGGCCUGCAGCCAGGUGCUGGGGGUCUCUUCCCAGGAGGUGCCUUCCCUGGGGGUGUCUUCCCAGGUGCUGCCUCUGCUGCCGCGCUCAAGGCUGCAGCCAAAGCUGGUGUGGUGGCACCAGGCGGGGUGCAGCCUGGGCCUGGUGCAGCAGGGAAACCCCCCAAAGUACCAGGCGCUGGGAUUCCUGGAGCUUUCCCGGGUGGUGUGCUCCCCGGCACAGGUAUUCGCUUCCCUGGCGUAGGGGUGCUGCCUGGAGUGCCCACUGGUGCUGGAGUCAAGCCAAAAGGUCCAGGAGCAGGAGCCUUCGCAGGAGUCCCUGGACUGGGAGGUUUUGGAGGUCAGCAGCCCGGUGUCCCUCUGGGGUAUCCCAUCAAAGCUCCUAAGCUCCCAGGUGGCUAUGGAUUGCCCUACAGCACUGGUAAGCUGCCCUACGGCUUUGGGCCCGGUGGGAUAGGAGCUGGCAUCGGAGCAGGAGGAAAGGCAGGGUACCCCACUGGGACAGGAGUUGGAGCACAGGCAGCAGCAGCAAAAGCAGCAGCAAAAGCAGCAGCAAAAUAUGGAGCCGGUGUCCUCCCAGGAGCUGGUGGUGUCCCAGGGGUUGGUGGAGUAGUCCCAGGUGCUGGCAUUGUCCCAGGAGCUGGAGCUGUAGCGGGGCCAGCAGCGGCAGCUGCAGCAGCAAAGGCAGCAGCGAAGGCAGGAGCUUUAGGUGCAGGGGUUGGCGGCGUCCCCGGCCUCGUGCCCGGUGUUGGUGGUGUCCCUGGUUUGGUGCCCGGUGUUGGAGGUGUCCCCGGGGUAGCAGGAGUUGGGGUGCCAUCAGCAGCAGCAGCAGCAAAAGCAGCCAAGUUCGGUGCAGGGGUUGGCGGCGUCCCCGGCCUCGUGCCCGGUGUUGGUGGUGUCCCUGGUUUGGUGCCCGGUGUUGGAGGUGUCCCCGGGGUAGCAGGAGUUGGGGUGCCAUCAGCAGCAGCAGCAGCAAAAGCAGCCAAGUUCGGUGCAGGGGUUGGCGGCGUCCCCGGCCUCGUGCCCGGUGUUGGUGGUGUCCCUGGUUUGGUGCCCGGUGUUGGAGGUGUCCCCGGGGUAGCAGGAGUUGGGGUGCCAUCAGCAGCAGCAGCAGCAAAAGCAGCCAAGUUCGGUGCAGGGGUUGGCGGCGUCCCCGGCCUCGUGCCCGGUGUUGGUGGUGUCCCUGGUUUGGUGCCCGGUGUUGGAGGUGUCCCCGGGGUAGCAGGAGUUGGGGUGCCAUCAGCAGCAGCAGCAGCAAAAGCAGCCAAGUUCGCUGGCGUUGGUGUUCCCGGCAUUGGUGGCGUUCCUGGUGUCCCUGGAGUCCCUGGUGUCCCUGGAGUCCCUGGUGUCCCUGGAGUCCCUGGAGUCCCUGGUGUCCCUGGAGUCCCUGGUGUUCCUGGAGUCCCUGGUGUCCCUGGUGUCGCUGGCGUUCCUGGCUUGGUUCCCGGCAUUGGUGUAGGUGUCCCAGGAGAUGCGGCAGCUGCGGCAAAGGCAGCAGCGAAAGCUGCAGCUUUUGAGCCUGCCCACUCUGCCACAUCCCUGGACUUCUCUGCAGGAGCAGGGCGCGUGCCUGGUGUCGGCGUGCCCGGCGUUGGUGUGCCCGGCAUCGGCGUGCCCGGCGUUGGCGUGCCUGGAGUUGGUGUGCCUGGAGUUGGUGUGCCUGGAGUUGGUGUGCCUGGUCUGGUGCCUGGGGUUGGAGCCAUACCAGGAGGUCCAGCGGCCGCCGCUGCUGCUAAAGCAGCUGCCAAAGCAGCCAAGUACGGAGCAGGUGGCCUGGUUCCUGGUGUGGGUGGCCUGGCUCCUGGUGUGGGUGGUCUGGCUCCUGGUGUGGGUGGUCUGGCUCCUGGUCUAGGUGGCCUGGCUCCUGGUGUUGGAGGUGUUCCAGGGGUCGGAGGUCCAGCCGCAGCAGCCAAAGCAGCAGCCAAGGCAGCCAAAUUUGGUGCUAGGGUUGCAGGGGUGCCUGGUGCGGUGCCCGGUGUGGUGCCCGGCGUUGCCGGAGUUCCAGGAGUGCCAGGAGUGACACCUGGUGUUGGUGUUGUGCCUGGGGUGGUGCCAGGUGUGGGGAUACCUGGAGCAGGCAUCCCCCAAGUAGGUGUGCAGCCUGGUGCUAAACCUCCCAAAUUCGGUGUUCCCGGGGCUGGAGUCCCAGGGGUUGGCGGCAUCCCAGGUGGCCUUGGAGUCGGUGGUCUCGGAGUUGGUGGCCUUGGAGCUGGUGGGCUCGGUGCUGGGAUCUUGUAUCCAGGAGCUGCUGGAAAACCUCCCAAGCCAGGUAAGGAAAACAGGGGCUGCUCCAGCCAAGGGGCUGGAAGGGUGAUCCCAUCUCUGUCCCCACACUCCCCACCCUCACCAGGGCUCUCCCAUCCUGCAGGUUUUGGUGUUGGGGGGCUGCAGCCAGGUGAGUGCUGCACUUUGGGGCUGGGUUGGGAGUGUGUUCUCUACCAGGCCAUGCUUGUCCCCUCUUGCUGUCCCCUCUUGCUGUCUCCACCUGCUGUUGUUCCCUGCUGGGUAUGCCACUGCCUGGGAGAGCACACUGAAGCCAGGCGAGUGCCCCAGUGGGGACAGGGGCUCUUGCAGCAGCUUUGUCCCUGCAGUGAACCAGUGAACCUGCAGCCAGGCAUGGUUGGGGUGGCACUCUUGUCACCGGCUGUUUUUUCCCUAGGGGCUGGAGUUCCUGGCUUUGGCAUAUCACCAAUAUUUCCAGGGAAGCCCCCCAAGACCUUCGGAGGAGCCCUCGGUGCUCUGGGCUUCAGAGGCGGCGUGGGCUGCGCGCAAGGGAAGUACUGCGGGAGGAAGCGGAAGUAACCGCCCUUCGUCACUGAUGACCUCAUGAACUUUGGUGCUACUGCAUGGUCCGGAAUGUGCAUCCCAAGCAAAGCUGAGACAAACCCCGGUUCCCAAAGCCCCGGACCCCACCCCCGUGCUGGGGCCAUCCCCGGUCCCACGUUCCCGGGAAGGACCCCCCAGCUCCGGCAGCGGUCGUCACCCCCAGCCCCUCCGGCCCGGCAGGGAGCGCGGAAUAAACUGCGGGGAGCAGCCGUCCCCCUUGGUGCUAUUGCUCCCUGCGGGAUUUAGGGGGGGGUCUUGGGGUGUCAUCCCCCCCCGCCCUCAGCCCCAGAACUGACCCCGCGGGGGCUCGGGGCAGGAUGAGGGGCAUCCCACAUCGGAGGGAAGGAAGGGUGUCCCGGCGGGGGGGAGCUGGGCGGGGGAAGAGGGGCGGCGUGUCCCGGUCGCCCUGGGCCCCCUCCACCCCAGCCCCCGUGCUCUCCCCAGUCCGGGGCGGCCGCGGGUGGGAGCGGCUCGCUCCCUUCAUUUUACUCACUUUGCUAUAACUGAUGGGACACCCCAUACAGAGGGACUUGCUUCCGACAGACUAAUAAAGGACAAGUUUUUAAAGGA